AUGCCACUGACAAUCUUGCAACGACUGUACGCAUGGAUUCCAGUUUUUCUGGUUGCAGUCAUGUUUGUUGGUUCAUAUUAUAUUUUCGUUGUGGAACUGUGCUUUUAUACCGUCACUUCCAUAGCGGAAAGAGUGACAUUCCUGGUCAUUUAUUAUAUUCUUUUUGCAAUGUUCUUAUGGAGCUAUAUUGUGACCGCUUCCACACACCCUGCUACGCCACCAAAACAUUUUCACUUUUUGAAGCGUAUGAAGGAGCUAAGAACAUUAGGAAAUAGAACAGAAGAAUUAGGGCACACAAUUAAAAAACAUCCCAUCCACACAAUGACACAUGAAGGAAAUAUCCGGCUUUGUGAAAAAUGCCUGCUGAUCAAACCAGACCGGUGUCACCACUGCCACGUCUGCAAUACAUGUGUGCUGAAAUAUGACCAUCACUGCCCAUGGCUAAACAACUGCGUGGGAUUUUCAAACUAUAAGACCUUCCUCCUGGUUCUACUUUACGGAUCUCUCUUCGCAUUUGGUUCUACGAUAUCACUUUACUACAUGAUAAUGUUUUGGACUGGAGCAAUUCCAAAUAGUCCUACAAAAAUCCCCAUAUUAGUCAUGUUUUGUAUAUUUACAUUUAUCUUUCUGCUUCUUUUCCCAUUCCAAGUAUUUCAUUGCCACAUUGUUGGAAGAAAUAGGUCCACCACUGAGCAUUGCUAUUCUUCCUUAAAUAUAAAUGGAGUGAGCAGAGACACCUUCUCUCUUGGCUUCUGGCAGAACAUGAAACAGGUUCUUGGGGAAAAGAAGAAGUGGUGGUUACUCCCUGUUAUUACAAGAUUGGGAGAUGGGUGCUCUUUACCUAUUCAAUAUGAAACCACAGUCUCAAUACCCAAUCAACCCUGA